ACCAAUCAAGAUCAGGUGAAAGUCCUGUGAGAUUAAGUUAGGGGGAGAACUGUUGCCCAAAUCAAUCAAGAUCAGGUUAAAGUCCUGUGAGAUUAGGUUCGGGAGCAAAAAAAAAAUAGGAAAUGGGUAAUGCAAAUGAGAAACAGAGCGGAGGUUCAGACUCAAGUCUGGUCACGUUUAUGAAAGCGAAGCAUGGUGUUGAAUGUUGUGAAUUUUUGGGUUACUGGUGUCAGAAACAUGGGUUCCCCGAGGGAGGUUCUUUGAGUAAAUGCAAACUUGAGAAACUCAGAAAAAACUUAACUGAAGAGAGACGAAUGAUGAAUGAGCGAAAAAGAGUUAAAACAAAGGAUUUUAAGCGAUUAGAUGAUAUGAAUGAAUGUUUAAAAGUUUGGGAAGCGGAGUGUGAAAAACGGGAGAGGCAGAAGGCCUGCAGGGCCCUGACCGCCCUGAAAAUAGAAAACAAAAAAGAGAUAACAGACAAAAAGGCUGAUGAAUCAACUGAAAAUACAGAAACUUCCUCAGCACCCUCUUCUUUUCUUUACCCUUCUACACAGAACCUCUGGAGUGCUGCAGUCGGACCGAGUCUGGACUCUACCCCUCCUCCAUAUCAGCCCCAACCAGCUCAACCAGAACCACACGGUGAUGACGUGGAACAAAACGCAGGAGCGACAGCCAUGCAGCCUGAGAUGACCCAGCAGCAACAGCAGCAGCAACAGCAGCAGCAGCUACCUUCACUACCCCCCCCUCUUCCUCCCGUGAAGAUGGAAGAAGUAAAGCUCCGGCCUUCAGCUCCUGCUGAAGCGGCGUUAUCAGCUCCUGCUCACAACAACAGAUUUGUGAAGGCAAAACAAGAAGAGCUGCAGCAGAAGGAGAGCAGGACAGUGCUAACAGCUCCCAUGGUUCGAGUUGCCGGCCCGACUGGAGAUCCAGUGAUUGUGUACCGUGCCUGGACUGCUGAUGACAUCAUUGCUGCAUCCAAGCACCUGCCCAAGCCAGAAAAAGGUGGGGAGGUCUUUGUGCGAGCCCUUGAGGACUUUGUCAGAGACUAUGUGCCCAGCUCUGGAGAAAUGGCUAGAGUGAUGCUGCAUAUUCUGAGCCAAUCCCAGUUCUCCACUCUGAGGAGCCACUUCGAGGCCCAACACCAGCCUGCGACUCACGACUGGCUUGACCCUGCCAACCAGAAUGCAGCGAACGUGACCUAUAGACAAUGGAAAGAUGGACUGAUAGCGGCUGUUCGUGCUCACUUCCCUGUCCAGUGCGACCACGCAAAGGUCAGUGCCUGCACGCAGCAUGAGGAUGAAGAUGUGGAGGAGCUCCUUGACCGGCUGCAAACCGCUUACGACAACCAUAGCGGGAUGACCAAGCCUGAUGGUCUCCCUCAGGGGGACAUGACACCUUAUGAGACCCUCCUCAAACAGCUCUUUCUCAACAAUCUACAGAAGCCCCUCAGCAGCGCCACAGAAGACUCUUGUGUUGGUUGUGAGGACAGCACUGUCCGUCUGGCCCAGAUGGCUCGCCAGGCCAAGCCCGAAC